UGAACUCUGUGAGUCACUUCUGGUCGACAUGACAGUUUAUUUCCGGACUAUGGGACGAGGCUGGGGUUUCCUCUUCCCCGUAGCGGCUGCCCGCAUCGACGCCGCCAUCAUGUCAGACACGGACAGCGAUGAAGAUUCCGCUGGAGGCGGCCCAUUUUCUUUAGCCGGUUUCCUUUUCGGCAACAUUAAUGGAGCCGGGCAGCUGGAGGGGGAAAGCGUCUUGGAUGAUGAGUGUAAGAAGCGCUUGGCAGGCUUGGGGGCUUUGGGUCUGGGCAGCCUGAUCACUGAACUCACAGCAAAUGAAGAAUUGAUCGGGACUGACGGUGCCCUGGUAAAUGAUGAAGGAUGGAUCAGGAGUACAGAAGAUGCUGUGGACUAUUCAGACAUUAAUGAGGUAGCAGAAGAUGAAAGCCGAAGAUACCAGCAAACAAUGGGGACCUUGCAGCCCCUUUGCCAUGCAGAUUAUGAUGAGGAUGACUAUGAUGCUGAUUGUGAAGACAUUGAUUGCAAGUUGAUGCCUCCUCCACCUCCACCCCCAGGACCAAUGAAGAAGGAUAAGGACCAGGAUGCUAUUACUGGUGAGAAAGUGGACUUCAGUAGUUCCUCUGACUCAGAAUCUGAGAUGGGACCUCAGGAAGCAACACAGGCAGAAUCUGAGGAUGGAAAGCUGACCCUACCAUUGGCUGGGAUUAUGCAGCAUGAUGCCACCAAGCUGUUGCCGAGUGUCACAGAACUUUUCCCAGAAUUUCGUCCUGGGAAGGUGUUACGCUUCCUACGUCUUUUUGGACCAGGGAAGAAUGUCCCAUCUGUUUGGCGGAGUGCUCGGAGAAAGAGGAAGAAGAAGCACCGUGAACUAAUACAGGAAGAGCAGAUCCAGGAGGUGGAGUGCUCAGUAGAAUCAGAAGUCAACCAGAAAUCUUUGUGGAACUACGACUACGCUCCACCACCACCUCCAGAGCAGUGUCUCUCUGAUGAUGAAAUCACAAUGAUGGCUCCUGUGGAGUCCAAGUUUUCCCAGUCAACUGGAGAUACAGAUAAAGUGACAGACACCAAGCCAAGAGUGGCUGAGUGGCGUUAUGGUCCUGCUAGGCUGUGGUAUGAUAUGCUGGGUGUUCCUGAAGAUGGCAGUGGGUUUGACUAUGGCUUCAAACUGAGAAAGAUGGAACUUGAACCUGUGAUGAAAUGUAGAAUGAUGGAGGACUUCAGGAAACUUGAGGAAAGCAGUGGCACUGAUCUUCUGGCUGAUGAAAACUUCCUGAUGGUGACACAGCUGCAUUGGGAGGAUGAUAUCAUCUGGGAUGGCGAGGAUGUCAAACACAAAGGGACAAAACCACAGCGUGCAAGCUUGGCAGGCUGGCUUCCUUCCAGCAUGACUAGGAAUGCCAUGGCUUACAAUGUUCAACAAGGUGUGCAUCUAUGCCCGCUGAGUCCAGCACAAACUGUCCUUCAUCUCAGUCAUCUUAAGUCCACCUCCUCGAUAUGGGAUGAUUCGUUGUCUAAAGGAGGGAAGGAAGGAAGGAAGGAAGGAAGGAAAGAACGAACGAAAGAAAGAAAGAAGGUUCGCACUGCUCCUUGGAACACCACAAGGGCCUUCAUUGCUGCCAUGAAGGGCAAGUGUCUCCUGGAGGUGACUGGGGUGGCAGAUCCCACAGGGUGUGGUGAAGGAUUCUCCUAUGUGAAGAUUCCAAACAAACCAACACAGCAGAAGGAUGAUAAGGAGCCUCAGCCAGUGAAGAAGACAGUGACAGGAACAGAUGCAGACCUCCGUCGCCUGUCACUGAAAAAUGCCAAGCAACUUCUACGUAAAUUUGGCGUGCCUGAGGAAGAGAUUAAAAAGUUGUCCCGCUGGGAAGUGAUCGAUGUAGUACGCACAAUGUCAACAGAACAGGCCCGCUCUGGAGAGGGGCCCAUGAGUAAAUUUGCCCGUGGAUCAAGGUUUUCUGUCGCUGAGCAUCAAGAGCGUUACAAAGAGGAAUGUCAGCGCAUCUUUGACCUGCAGAACAAGGUUUUGUCAUCAACUGAAAUCUUAUCAACUGACACAGAUAGCAGCUCAGCUGAAGACAGUGACUUUGAGGAGAUGGGAAAGAACAUCGAGAACAUGUUGCAGAAUAAGAAAACCAGCUCUCAGCUGUCACGUGAGCGGGAGGAGCAGGAGCGGAAGGAACUGCAGCGGAUGCUACUGGCAGCAGGCUCAGCAGCAUCAGGAAACAAUCACAGAGAUGAUGACACAGCUUCUGUGACUAGCCUUAACUCUUCUGCCACCGGCCGUUGUCUCAAGAUUUAUCGCACAUUUCGCGAUGAAGAGGGGAAAGAAUAUGUUCGCUGUGAGACCGUCCGAAAGCCAGCUGUCAUUGAUGCCUAUGUGCGUAUACGGACCACGAAAGAUGAGGAAUUCAUUCGCAAAUUUGCCCUUUUUGAUGAGCAGCAUCGAGAAGAGAUGCGAAAAGAACGGCGGAGGAUUCAAGAGCAACUGAGGCGGCUUAAGCGAAACCAGGAAAAGGAGAAGCUUAAGGGUCCUCCUGAGAAGAAGCCCAAAAAAAUGAAGGAGCGUCCUGACCUAAAACUGAAAUGUGGGGCUUGUGGUGCCAUUGGGCACAUGAGAACAAACAAAUUCUGCCCCCUUUAUUAUCAAACAAAUGCCCCACCUUCCAACCCUGUUGCCAUGACAGAGGAGCAGGAGGAAGAGUUGGAAAAGACAGUCAUUCAUAAUGAUAAUGAAGAACUUAUCAAGGUUGAAGGGACCAAGAUUGUCUUAGGGAAGCAACUAAUUGAGAGUGCAGAUGAGGUUCGCAGAAAAUCUCUGGUUCUCAAGUUCCCUAAGCAGCAACUUCCUCCCAAGAAGAAACGGCGAGUUGGAACCACUGUUCACUGUGACUAUUUAAAUAGACCUCAUAAGUCCAUUCACCGGCGCCGGACAGACCCCAUGGUGACAUUGUCAUCCAUUUUGGAGUCUAUCAUCAAUGACAUGAGAGAUCUUCCAAAUACGUACCCUUUCCACACUCCAGUCAAUGCAAAGGUUGUAAAGGACUACUACAAAAUUAUCACCCGACCAAUGGACUUACAAACGCUCCGUGAAAAUGUGCGUAAACGCCUCUACCCAUCUCGGGAAGAGUUCAGAGAGCAUUUGGAGCUAAUUGUGAAAAAUAGUGCAACCUACAAUGGACCGAAGCACUCAUUGACCCAGAUCUCUCAAUCCAUGCUGGAUCUCUGUGAUGAAAAACUUAAAGAGAAAGAAGACAAAUUGGCUCGUUUGGAGAAAGCUAUCAACCCCUUGCUGGAUGAUGAUGACCAAGUGGCAUUUUCUUUUAUUCUGGACAACAUUGUCACCCAGAAAAUGAUGGCAGUUCCAGAUUCUUGGCCAUUUCAUCACCCAGUUAAUAAGAAGUUUGUUCCAGAUUAUUACAAAGUGAUUGUCAGUCCAAUGGAUUUAGAGACCAUACGUAAGAAUAUCUCCAAGCACAAGUAUCAGAGUCGGGAGAGCUUUCUAGACGAUGUCAACCUUAUUCUGGCCAACAGUGUUAAAUACAAUGGGCCUGAAAGUCAGUAUACCAAGACUGCUCAGGAGAUUGUGAACGUCUGUUACCAGACAUUGACUGAGUAUGAUGAGCAUUUGACUCAACUUGAGAAGGAUAUUUGCACAGCUAAAGAAGCAGCUUUGGAGGAAGCAGAGUUAGAAAGCUUGGACCCAAUGACCCCAGGGCCUUACACACCUCAGCCUCCUGACUUGUAUGAUACCAACACAUCCCUCAGUAUGUCUCGAGAUGCCUCUGUAUUUCAAGAUGAGAGCAAUAUGUCUGUCCUGGAUAUUCCCACUGCCACUCCAGAAAAGCAGGUGACACAGAUGCGCCAGGGCCGAGGUAGGCUGGGCGAGGAAGACUCUGAUGUAGAUAUUGAAGGGUAUGAUGAUGAGGAGGAUGGGAAACCUAAGACUCCAGCCCCAGAAGGUGAAGAUGCAGAUGGUGAUCUUGCAGAUGAAGAGGAGGGAACUGUGCAACAGCCUCAAGCCAGUGUCCUGUAUGAGGAUUUGCUUAUGUCUGAAGGAGAAGAUGAUGAGGAAGAUGCUGGGAGUGAUGAAGAAGGAGAUAACCCUUUCUCUGCUAUCCAGCUGAGUGAAAGUGGAAGUGACUCUGAUGUGGGAUCUGGUGGGAUAAGACCCAAACAGCCCCGCAUGCUUCAGGAGAACACAAGGAUGGGCAUGGAAAAUGAAGAAAGCAUGAUGUCCUAUGAGGGAGACGGUGGGGAGGCUUCUCAUGGUUUGGAGGAUAGCAACAUCAGGUCCUCAGCAACACAGCUGUCAUGGUGUAGAAGCAGAAAAGUAAGCAAUGAAGGAACCACAAAAGGUACUUUAAAAGACUGGCCAGAGAAGUAUGAGGAAACCAGGAUACAGUUUUUUGGGAUGCCAAAGGAGAAUUUCAGAGGAUGGAAUGGUCAGCAAUGUCCAGUAUUUGCAGAAAGGCUGCUGCUGCUGCUCAGGUCAUUGCUCUUUUUCAUACUUCAGCAGCACCCCGUCUCCCGCUUUGAAGGGAGGUAAGAGAGCUUCAAGGGAAGGGGAAAUGAGCCAGGUCCAGGAUCUCGGGCAAGCUGUCUACUUCUGAUGUCGUCGUCUUCUCGCCCUGGUGUGAGUGUAGUUUCUCCUUUGUUUGAGCAUUGUUUUGAGGUGAUUUUCAAGGUCAGCCAUCCUCUCUAUAGGCCACUCCAGUGCAGGGGCCCUUUGUGAGUGGAAAUUAAUCCAAAAGUCAAUUCCCUUCAGUUUUGCUGUGCAUAAGCUAGUUAAGAGUACCUGAAAAGGGUCCUUCUCUCCAGGUUGGAGAUAGUCCUUUAAAUUUUGUCUUUUCCGGUAUGCAUAAUCCCCUGGUUGCAGGUCAUGGGGCAUCUGAUCUUCAUCCAAAGAAAUUACGGAGAUAAGCUUCAGAAACAAACUUAGAGUAUCCUUUAAUAAUGCAAUUAAACUCCGCUCCGGCUCCGGAUAAGCAGCGGAUAAGCAGCGGCUUGGCGUGGGCUGCGCGGAGAAUGGAUGCCCUCGUGACCUAAUGUCCGGCAGGCUGUAGGGCCUGCCGACCCGGCUCGCAGGGAAUCGACCGGCUGCCUGAGUGCCUGCGCCACCCACUACCAUGAACGAGGAGGCCAUCUGCAGUGCCCUGCCCACCAUCCCGCACCACAGGCUCUCCAACUUGCGCUACCUGAGCCGCGGCGCGUCCAGCACAGUGUCUUCUGCCCGCCAUGCAGACUGGCGCGUUCAGGUGGCCGUGAAACACCUGCACAUUCACACCCCGCUGCUGGACAGUGAUUGGUGAAUUAUUCUCUGUAACCUGACUUCUGCCCAAUGAGUGGACCUUCCCCAACAAUCUCCCAACUCCUUAUGAGUAGACUGCUGCCAUGUCAUGAGGACAUUCAGAGAGCCAGUGGAGAGGCCUAUGUGACAAAGAAGGAAGACCUGACAGCAACAUGAGCAGUCUUGGAAGGGGACUCUCCCCCAGUUGAGUUUUUGUGUUUUUUUUUUGGUUUUUUUGUUUGUUUGUUUGUUUGUUUUUUUGCUGUACGCUGGCUUCUCACUGUUGUGGCCUCUCCCGUUGUGGAGCACAGGCUCUGGAUGCACAGGCUCAGCGGCCACGGCUGAUAGAAACUGAGAUAAUGUCUGUUGUUCUAAAAAAUAAUAAUAAUAAUAAUGAUUCGAUUAAACUUUACAUUAAUAUAACAUAACAGCAAAGAAUUAUGUGAGAGAUGAGUCUUAGUAAUUACAGAUCUCCAUUAACAAAACUGGGAUUUAACAUUCAUUGCAAAAUCUUUUUCUCUCUAAAA